CUCAGCCAUUUCUUCAAGUUCCUGUUCAAGUUCUUUUUGUUUUCUGUUUCUUUUCUUUUUAAUACAUAUAUCGAUACACAUCUAUAUAGAAGAGGGGAAAAAAUGGCGGAUUACGCGGACGACACCGGAGCGCGAGCAUUGCUGGCCCUGAAGUCCGCGCCGUGCAGCCCGGUCCGGGGAGCGAGUCCGCCGGCGCACGCGCUCUCGGCCCCGGCGCAGGCCCUCGCGCGUCUCCACGGCCGCGACUUCGAGUUCGUCAUGCGCCAGCGCUCCGUCACCGUGGGCCGCAACUCGUCGCACGGCUCCGUGGACGUCAACAUGGGCCACUCGAGCUUCAUCUCGCGCCGCCACCUGCAGAUCACCUUCGAGGAGCCCGACUUCUAUCUGCGCUGCCUGGGCAAGAACGGCGUGUUCGUGGACGGUGUGUUCCAGAGGAGAGGCGCGCCGCCGAUCCGGUUACCCAGAGAGUGCACAUUUCGUUUUCCCAGCACGGUGAUAAAGAUUCAGUUCACUGCGCUGUACUACAAAGAGGUGCUGCAGGAGGAGGCGCCCAUGUCCCCAGUGAGACCCCUGUACCCGCAGAUCUCGCCGCUGAAAAUCACCAUUCCUGAAAACGACUUCAGAAGCAUGAUGAGUCCUCUGCCUUCUCCGACAGGAACCAUCAGUGUACCUAAUUCCUGUCCAGCGAGUCCUCGGGGUGCGGGCUCCUCUGGCUACCGCUACGGACACAGCAUAACCUCUGACCUGCAGUUGGCGGCCGAGUAUGCGGCCAAAGCUGUAUCAGAGCAUCGCACAGAGGUGUCGGAUCGAGACAGCCCCAAGGACGAGUCCAAGCCCCCGUACUCAUACGCACAGCUGAUUGUGCAGGCCAUAUCGUCGGCUCCAGACCGACAGCUGACACUAAGUGGCAUCUACUCCCACAUCACCAAGCAUUACCCGUAUUACAGGACUGCAGAUAAGGGCUGGCAGAACUCCAUCAGGCACAACCUGUCGCUGAACCGCUACUUCAUCAAAGUGCCACGCUCUCAAGAGGAGCCGGGAAAGGGCUCGUUCUGGCGCGUCGACCCCUCAUCAGAGGCCAAGCUGGUGGAGCAGUCCUUCCGCAAACGCCGUCAGAGAGGCGUCUCCUGCUUCCGGACACCAUUCGGCCCACUUUCCUCAAGGAGCGCUCCAGCCUCACCCACCCACUCCGGCCUACUGUCUCCUCACUCGAGCGGCCUGCAGACCCCCGAGUGUCUGUCUCGAGAGGGCUCGCCCAUUUCCCACGAGCACGAGUUUAGCACCAAGCUGGCAUCGGUGCCCGAGUUCAGAUACUCUCAGAGCGCCCCUGGUUCCCCGGUGAGCGCGCAUCCCGUGAUCGUGGCAUUGCCUCCUCAGCCCUCGGCGUCGGUGGCGAAGCCCUUGGCGUACAUGCCGGCUUCCAUCCUCACCUCCCAGCAAGCCUCCGGUCAGGCCGUGCACGUGCUCCAACAAGCUCCGGCCGUCACCAUGGUGCGUGUUCUCAACGCUGCCUCCAGCUCCGCCAACGGAUACGUCCUGGCUAACAUCGGCUCCGCGUCGGCCGGGGAAAGUUCUGGAGAGCACAGAGGUGCUGUGGACGAGAUGGCAGCCCCCGUCUCCAUCCCUGCAGGCAGCCGAGUGAUUCAGUCUGUGGGGAGCCACUUGAGUUCAGCCUCUAGAGGGCAGCAGAGUUUCACUGUUCUGCAGGCGACUUCCAUGCCUCUGGGUCAGCACCAGCUCCCGGUCCAGACCAUCACCCAGAAUGGCAAACACGCUCUGCCCACCGCCACCAUCUCACCCAACACUUAUGCUUUCACCAACCCUCUUCAGAUCCUGGCAGCACAGGCCUCCACCUCACCCCCGGUGCUAGUGAACAGACCCUCCAGCGUGGAGAUGGAGGAAGCGGGCCAGCAGGAGCCUGAGUCCAAACGGCCCAAGAUGGAGGAUGAUGGCGUGGCGUCGGUCCCCCAGCCUGUCAUUGUGGCGAUGACCCCGGAGGCCAGUGACUGAGCGAGGGAGCGAGUGAGUGGAGAAGAUGGUUAAAGCAAGUCCCCAACAAUAGUGUUAGCACAAUGUGCCAUUGUUAUUGAGGGGAAUUUGUUUUUUUUGUUUGUUUUUUUUGUUGUUUUUUUUUAAUAAUGUCAUUUUCAUUUCUUUUACUAAGAACUUCAGUUAUUUGUGAGAGAACGAGCCCUGAACGAGUCCGCAUAUUAAGGGCACGUAGGAGCUAAAUGAAUUAUCCUUUAAACCUUAAAAAAAAACAAAAAAAAAAAAAACAACGCAAAUGCUGAGAUGGUUUUAAAUUUGUGGGUUUCUUUAAAGAGCAUGGGAAAACGGACCCUUAAAGCUAUUAAAGAGCUGGAUGCAGACGCAAGGCGACGUGCUGCCGUGUAGUUCCUCACAAGGUAGAGUGAAGAGCAGUACUUACUCUGGGUCGGGGCGGGACCAAUAAAAAUGAUAACUAAGCAGCUACUUCUGUACGGGAGCACUGGCCUCUCAGAACUGAAGCAUUAUGUAUUAAGCUUGUUGUAGGCUCGGUUCUCGUGGGUUUCUUUCUCUCAUCUCCAGGGGAACCUUGGCUUUAUUUAUGAUUCUCUGCUAUAAAGCAUAGGUUAGAAACACCAUCUGCAGAAAUUGGAUCGUUAUAACUAAAACUUACACAACAAUUUCACAAAAAUAAAUUUCAUACAUUUCAAGGCCUGACUGUCUCUCUCUCUCUCUCUCUCUCUCUCUCUCUCUCUCUCGUUCUCUCUCUCUCUCUCUUUUUUUUUUUCCCGGUUCCAAGCCUUGAACUCUUUAACAUGCUAUAAAGUAUUUUUCUAUGGUGAGCUAUUACCUUGCGUGUGUGUUUAGAUUUUGUAAUGUCUAGCACAUGCCUGUUCGGGAAUCGAGUCUGCAAACAUUAAACAUGAAUGUAUGUAGCUUUUGUUUUUCUUUUUUUUCUUCUUUUUUUUUCCCCCCCUCAUUCUUUCAUGGCUCCCUCUCGACUAAAUAAUGUGUUAAGAAAUUCGAAUGUGAUGUCCUUAAUGUUUUUGUUUAAAAUGAAACUAAUUUUGAAGUUCAAACCCUUCAGUUAAUAUUAGGGUUAGACAUACACCUCUGCUCCGGAUGACAUGUUUGGCUAAAAAUGACAGUAACUAAUCAGAUAUGUAUUAUUUAAUAAUAAUUAAGCCAGACGUUCAUUAUAAAUGCUGGAAUAUUUCAUUAUUACAAGGGGCUACUGAAAACCAAAUAUGUUUUUCUGUUUUCUAUUUCGUAAGACCCAGGAAUGUAAGAAUGUAAUGAUUAACGUUAAUUAUUAAAGAGGCUACUUUUCCACUGUCCACCUUCCCGUGACCUCACAACGAUGCUGGGAGGUACUUAACGAAUGCUAAACGCUUUUCGAAACGUUCUCAUAACAACUCGUUUUGUUAGACGUGAUUUUUUUAUUUUUCAGUUUAACUAAUAGAGUACAAAUACAGUGUUUGACGAUCACUAACACGGUGGUGUCAGUUUCCACUUUAUAAAAGAAGCAUCAGAACUGAGAAAACACUCGAAAAGACCAAAUGCAUGUCCACUUCAUUUAGUGCCUUGAGCUCUGUAGCAAAGAUACUGCUUCAAACUCUACUACAUGCUGCUUUGGAAGUUAAAACACUGAAGCUUUAUCACUCGUCGGGGUCCGAGUGACACGAUAACAGUGUCCAAUCUGUCGGAACGAACUAGAAACAUGAUCAGAGUUUGGUUCGUGUUCACGUUGUGAGCAAAAGAACCUAAAACAUGUUUGUUAUAAUACCUACAAUGCUGAAAUAAUCAACUUUUAUAGAUAAAUCUAAAUAAGUUUGUCUUCAUAAGCGUACCUGUGACAUGGGGAAGGAGGAAAAGGAGGAGGGAAGGGGGAAGGCUAUUGAGGAAAUCAGAUUUUCCCCCUCUUUUUUAUUUGACAAUGUCUUCUUUAACGCUCUUCUCCAUCUGUAAAUCUACACCAAUAGAAAACAUCCACGCAGUUGAAUCGCUGAAACUGCUGACUUAAAUUGAGUUCAGAUUAAUAAAGCAUUAAGAGCAGUAAGCCUUUUAUUAGGGUUUUAAACCUCUCAGUAAUGAUUAAGCACUUGGUUGUCGAGUUGAGUUUCUAUUCUCCUAACUUUCCACUGCCUAGAUAAUAUUUCACAUACCUUUUUAAUAAAGUGUUUCUAUCAACGAUUAUAUAAACCAUAUUUUGUCAGCUGAUUUUGAUGUAUUUUAUUUGUGUGCUUUCUUUUCUUUCUUUUUUUUUUUUGGUGUUUUAUGCAUAUUAGCUUAUGCAAGUGUUUAUACACUAAACAUUUAUAAUUUAAAAAUUAAGUCUAAUAAACCGAUGCACGUUUUUCUUUCCACUUAUUAGUCGGUAGGACCUUUACUGAUUGUAUACAAACCAUGUUAGUCCUUGUUGAAAAGCAUUGCAUUGUCUUUAGAAGCCAUUAUAUGUUAUAAAGAUCCUGUCAUUCAGUAGUAUUUAUCUGAUAUUUUCACAUAACCUGACGAAAAGGAAAAAAAAAGAAAAGAGUAGACGUUGCUUUCUUUUGUUAUUUCUGAAAUGUAAAGAAAAUCAGCAAUAGUGUCAUUAUGAUUAGCUUUCUUACCGAGUUUACUAACCGAGCGCGUUAUGAACUGUAUGUUUUAGUUGCUGUGUUCAUAUAGGGCUGUUUGUUCAAACCUUUUAUCUCAGCAGCACCAAACUCUACUCUAUGCUCUUAUAAAGUCACCGAGAAUCCUCAUUUGGACUGCUAAAAAUGUCAAACUGAAAGAGAAAGGAAAAAAAAAAGAAAAAAAGACUAUAGAUAAUGGCUGGUUUCUGAAAGGAACUAUUUUUUUAUAUCCAUACCUGUCUUUUCUUUCAAAUGUUUCAAAUAUUGUAUACCCGGUAUCUCGUUCUGUAUCUCGUUAUUCUUCAUUUUCUUUUCAGAUUCAUCCUGAUGACAUGAAAGCAGUUUUAAUGUAAUAAUGCAUUAAUGCACAUCUACGUGCAACUCUGUCUGUCCUCUUUUACUACCUUGUGGAAAGCUCUAGGAAAUGCUGAAAUGUGACCACGGCCUAUUAAAAGGUUUGAGAUGUCCAAGGCA